UUUUAGAGCAUAAAAGCAAUCGUCGCGGCUGCGGGGCGGGUAGUGAUCGCUUCGCAUUCGUGUAGGGAGGACGACAUAUCGCCCUAUACAUUUUCAAUAUAUUUGCCUUUCAAUCGAUAAUCGCAAUAUUCAAUAAUGACCGGACGCGGCAAGGGUGGUAAAGGUCUCGGCAAGGGAGGCGCAAAACGUCAUCGCAAGGUGCUCCGCGAUAACAUUCAGGGAAUAACGAAACCCGCCAUCCGACGUCUGGCUCGACGAGGAGGGGUCAAGCGCAUCUCCGGUCUGAUUUACGAAGAGACGCGAGGAGUUCUCAAGGUCUUCCUGGAGAACGUCAUUCGCGACGCGGUCACCUACACGGAGCACGCCAAGCGGAAGACCGUCACCGCAAUGGACGUCGUAUACGCGUUGAAGAGACAGGGUCGCACGCUAUACGGCUUCGGCGGUUAAAUUCGACCAUCCCAGAGCGGACGUGGUGGGACAUUCGCAAAAAAAAAAAACGGUUCUUUUCAGAACCA